AUGUCACAAACUUCAUGGUGGGAAUGGUCGCAGGGGGUCGUUUCGAACCUCCAGCACUCCAUUUUCUCCCUCACAAAACCAUCACAAAGCAACAAUGCCGACUUCCUACGCGCCUACAUCAAAGAACAUGGGGAGGAAACAUUCCGAAACAACCCCUGGGCACUCACAGCCGCAAUCGAAGACUUCGCAUCCACAGGCAAGCACUUAAUGAUCUUCAAAGAACCAAAGCUCAAGAUCGCCCGCGAAGCCCUGGAGUCCCUGCCCACAAAACCAAAACUCAUCAUCGAGUUCGGGACUUAUGUCGGCAACUCCGCCAUCGCCUGGGGCGCAAUCCUGCAGGGUCUCCAUGGCCCCAACGCAGCUGAGAAAGGAUGUCGCGUGUACACAUUCGAGCUGGAUCCGAUUAUGGUCCGGCUCUCGAGAGACCUUGUUCAGCUUGCGGGAUUAGAUGAGAUCGUGCAUGUGUUGGAGGGUCCUGCGUCUGAGUCUCUGAGGAAGUUGUAUAAUGAGGGGAAGGUUACCGCUGGUGAUGUUGAUAUGGCGUUUAUUGAUCACUGGGAGGAGUAUUAUCUGGCUGAUUUGCAGCUGUGUGAGGAAUUGAGUGUUUUCCAUAAGGGGUCGUUGGUGGUUGCGGAUAAUACGGAUUUUCCUGGGGCGCCGAAGUAUCUAGAGUAUGUUAGGUCUGGGGGAUCGGGGGCUGUUCGGUAUGAGAGUGAAGGAUAUACGAGCCAGACAAAGAGAGGACCGAGCGUCGUCGAAAUCAGCACUGUUGUGGAAGUCUAAUUACUGCAUGUGAGGUACUCUGUGCUAUACUCUUGUAUGCCAAAUUAGGAAAGAGCAGAACACAACCAAUCAAAGUACAGCCAGC